UAUGCUGUCAUUUGGCCAUUAGGAAAUGGAAAAGCAUCCUUUCUUUAUGCGUAAACCAGUUGAAGGCCAAGAACUCCCACCCUUAGUAGAAGCUUUGCAGCAGUUAAAGUAUGAUCCUGAAGUGAAUUCUCCUAAAGAACUUGCUCUAUCUUAUAAGGAAGAUGGAAAUCAGAACUUAAAACAGCAUAAAUAUCACUGGGCUGUGGAUUCUUAUACAAAAGGUCUGGAGGCAAAAUGUGAUGAUCCAGAAUUAAAUGCUCAACUUUACUGCAAUAGAGCAAAUGCACAUUAUCAUAUAGGAAAUUUCAAAAAAUCGUUGAAAGAUGCUACUGAAGCUCGGAAUUUGAAACCAGAUCACAUUAAAGCAUUUUAUCGAGGUGCUAUGUGUUGCAUGGAACUACAGUUAUAUCAGGAUUGCAUUUCUUGGUGUGUUGAUGGACUAAAACUAGAUGAACAGAACAAGACUCUUCUUGACUUGAAGAAGAAAGCUGAGGAAAAAAAGAAGCUUGAAGAUAUAAGUAAAACAAAAGCACAAGCUGAAGAAUGGGCAAAAGUGAAAGAAAGGAGCACUUUAAAGAAAGAAGUUAAGAAACGGGGAAUUUCUUUAGUUGAGGGAGAUAAAAUUGAUCUCAGUGCCUUACAACCAAUGCAUCCUGCUGUAACCACAGCCAAAGUCAGUUUAGAUGAAAAUAAUCGACUGUCAUGGCCAGUGAUGUUGAUUUACCCUGAAUAUGGUGUAACAGAUUUUAUUAAAUCAUUUCAUGAAGAUACAUGUUUCAGGGACCUCUUUAUUUCUAUGUUUAUGGAUGAUGACCCUCCACCAUGGGAUAUGAAAAGGGAAUAUACACCUGAAAGUAUGCAGGUUUAUUUUAGUGAUGGAGAAGAUACCAUUAUACCCAUAGACAAAGAUCUGCCUCUUAGGUCUGUGUUGACUCAUAAAAUGUACAAAGUACAUGGGGGAAUACCUUCUUUUAUUAUUACAGUAUCAAAUUCAGAAUUUGACGGAUCUUACAGAAAAAAGUACAGAGUAAUAGACUUUUAAAUAUACCUGAAAGUUUAUAUGGCUUUGUAUGAAAAUGUAUUUGAUUGCAAUAUACAUCCACUUUUGUGCUGCUCCUAGGAUUUGACUGCAGUAAUGUAUACAUUUAAGGAUUAAAUAAUAUUUUGCUUUUUGAAUUAAAGUUGUGUUUGCUA